CUAUGCCCGCAGCGAGACCUACACCCAGGUGGAGACAGGGGCCGCCAUCACGGCUGCCAUAGAUGCUCUUGAUUUGUCGCAGUUCCGCAACGAAGCCCAGGUGCUGGCCCUGAUCGCCGUGGAGCUGGGGGCCUACUGGGACCAAUCAGAGGUUGCCAGCUACGUGGCCGGGGAAUUGUCCAAUUACGCCACCAACAGCUCCGUGAGCAGCAGCAUCAGCUCGGCGCUGUCCAGCUACGACAACAGCAGCCAGGUCGAUUCGAAGAUCAUCACGGCAUUGCUUGACUUCUACACAAGGGCAGAGGUGGACCAGGCCAUCGCCAACGUGGACGUCGAUUUGUCAGGCUACUAUACGUCUGCCGAGACGGACAGCUACGUGGCCAACCAGUUGCUUGCCUACUAUCCACGCACGGAGUUGGACUCGCUGCUCACGGCAACCCUGACCCAGUACUGGACCAGCGGCCGCACACAGACGGAGAUCGACGACGCCCUCGCCGGCUCCGGCUUCCUGGACCAAGCCUCGGGCGAUGCUCGCUACCUGGCGCGCGCACCGGGCGCUGAGUCGGGGCAAAUUUUUAACCUUAUACAGCAGUUUACUCCCCUCAUCGUGCGCAACCUGCUUCUGGAAGCCCCGCUGACGGGCGACGCCAUCCUCGGCAACCUGUCCACGCUCCGCAUCCGAAGCGACACCUGGUCCAAGGCCGAAGCGGACUCCCGAUUCUUGAGAAGCAACGACCUGACCGCCCUGGACGGCCGGUACUUCGUCACCAACCCCGGCUCCGAGGGCGGUGGCAUCUUCCACAUGGCCCAGACACAGUUCACCCCCAUCGUGAUCCGCAGCUUGGAGCAGGAUGUCACCGUACGGGCGGAUCGGACGCUCAACGCCACCACUGCGGAUUUUGCGCAGUUCAUCGUGGGGUCCACGGCAGCCACCGGAGCCUUUACGAGCAGCAGCUCCAUCACGGCCACUCAACAGAUCCAGAGCGAUUUGCGGCUGCAGGCCCCGGCGGUGCGCUGCGACCCGGCG